ACAUUGACAAACUGACAUUGUCACAUUGAGAAAUUCGAUUUUUAAAAAAUAUUUUUUGGUCUGGGGAGAAAAUUAUUAGUGAAAUUCAUUUGUUUUAAAUAAAAAACUUGAGACCGGGCAUUUUUAACGCCAAUUAAAUUGAAUGCAGAACAAAUUCUAAAAUAAUGUCUAUCUCACCAUUCCUCCGAAAUCCAGUCACUGACAUCACUGGUGGGUUAGUAUCCCAUCAGAUGCUGGGCAGUUGUCAGAAGCAAGAGAUUCGCUACAUGGACUGUUUGGAGGCCUAUGGGCUUGACCGCGGCAGGGUGAAGUGCUCCGAGUUAUUCGAGGACUUUCACGAAUGUCAAACGAAGACCAAGCAGUUCAAAAGAUUUGUGGCAAUGAGGAAGGAAAGGGAUCGUCAGAUUGCAGAAGGGAAGCUCAAAGGAGAUGAAAAAUAUUUGAGCCCAAGAAUAGACAGUUUCUAAGUCAUGUAAAUUUUGUAGAUAACAUUUAUUCAGCAAAAUAGAGUCUAAAUGUCCUA